AUGGGAGGAGAGGAAACCCUUCAUGACCCCAGAGUUCAAAGAGCAAAACUCCAUAGACGUGAACGGACGGCUCAUCUGCAAGCACUUUUUAGCAGACCGAUGCCUGAAGGGCGAAGGGUGCCAGUUUGAACACUCCCGUGACCUUGGCGGUUUCAAGUUCCAUGAAGUGUGCAAAUUCUACAUUCAGGGCUUUUGCAUGCGUGGAGACAGUUGCCUCUACAUGCACAGCGCUUUUCCCUGCAAGUUCUUCCACAGAGGGCGGGGGUGCCAGAAUCAGGACUCCUGCAGGUUCUCCCAUGCUCCCCUGACUGAGCUCACAGAGCGGAUCCUAGACAAGUUUCUUGAGGAGCUAAAGGCAAAACAUCAACCGUUGGAGCCAGAACCGGAGCCGGAGCCUGCAGCGGACCCCUUGGCCAACACAAAAACCUGUGAAGGCUUCCUGGCCAACACAAAAACGUUGAAUUUUUACAGUGCGGCCGAAAACUCUGAACCCGAGCCCGUGCGCCCCUUCAGUUUUGGAGCAAACAGCGCAGAGUUUCAACCCGAGCGUCCCGUCUCUGUCCUCAUCCCCGUCCCCAUCGCCAUCACCAUCUCCCAACAGCCAACACAAUCAGCGGACCACACAGACUCACCAGUGCAGAGUGGAGCUGCAUCGACAUCCGAGUCCCAAAUAUCCCUCGUGGAGCAAGGACCAGCUGAACAGCCAGAACGGCCAACUGCCAGCAACUCCACUGCUCGUCCAUCAUCCUCCUCUUCCACCCCCUCCGCCUCCUCCUCCUCCUCCUCAUCAGCAUCUAAAGAUGCACAAAACCUCCUCAGAGCAACUGCCAUUGAGAGGCCUCAAUCGCCAAGAACUCCAGAUCCUCCAUCGACUCCAUCAGUCCUGAGAAAUCUUUUCUCCCACCUGAGCCCGUGUCGAUCGGAUUAUGAUAAUGAGGAUGAUGAUGAUGACGACGGCAACAUUGAUGGUGAAGAAGAUGAGAUGACGGUUAAGAUGAAGACGGAGCUGGAGGGAGAUGCAACCAGCAACUCAACUGACCCAGUUCCCCUGCUUGAUGCGACAAAAUUCUGCACGGAGGUUCCCAGAGAACACAGCGGGGCGGGGAGCCACAGCAAAGCCUCAACACCAGCAGCCCCAGAUCACCAGCUUGGCCUAAUAACAAAUCCAUUGCCAAAGAGCAGAAACUUUGUCAAGGAGCCCCAAAGACAUCAACACCUUGUGGUCCCCCCACCCUCCAAUCCCCCAGUCCCCUGCUCUACCCCCAUCGCAAGCCAUCUCAGAAAGUACAGGCCCCUAGCUGUGGACCUCUCGCCUCUUCCUUCUCUCUCCUUAACAGCCUACCACCAGACCCCUCAGCCUCAUGAUGCCACGCCGGGCCAUCUCACCUCUGUUGCGGACACUCAGGAGGCAGCGCCAGAGCAGUGUGUGGCUCGGUCCCAGGGGGCCGGGAUCAAAAAGACAUUAACGGGGGAGUUACAGGGCCGGCACAGUCUGCCAGUACAGAGCCUGAGCUGGGCAAACUCCUCGAAAUGCAAAGACCAAAAAUGGCGCUGAGGAUCUGAAGCGUGGAUGUAGAACCUCACUCAACAACAUUCUGAUAUGUAGAACAAGCAGAAUCAUGAACUUACUGGCAGGUGAUGGAAUGCCAUGUAUCAUAUUA